AUGCCACGCACUACUGCCAGAUUUGAAGUCACGCCAGAGACGGAUGAGACUCCUACCGACGCACCUUCAAGAUCUAGCGAGCCACCCUCUCUACCAAGUAGAUCCAGCCCAACAAUUGUCAAUCCAUCAUCCAGCCCAACUCCAGAGGUUGAGGAGGCGCCUCCCAAGCCAGCUAGAAAGAUUAUGCCAAGAAAAAGAACAAAGCCAUAUGUCGGAACGGCGGAAAUGGACGGACCCGAUGAAGAGAGUUCUGUACCGGCCCCAGUUAAGCCAAAACCAACUAGAAGGAUUCAACCUAGGAAAAAAACAAAGCCCUACUCAGAUCCACUUGACACAGUGGAAGAAAGUGGAGUUCAGACAGGAACAACCCAAGACACGGAUAAUACACGGGCCGGCAGGGACGUGACUUGUGAUGCCUUUGUGGAGACAGUAACAAGUCCAGAUACGGAUGAAACACGGGCCCGCAGGAAUGUGACUUCGGAUGCCUUAGCACUUCAGGAAGCAAGUCUGCUUGUUGUAGCAGGUAAAAGACAAAGAAAAAAAACUUUGAAAGCCUAG